AAAUGUUUUCCAUAUUUGUUCAGCCUCCUUGAUUCAAAUACCAGGAACGGCUCAGCCGGCACAAAGCAAAGCUUUGGGGGGCAAAAGAACUCCCGCCCCCGUCAGCACACGCACACACACACGCACGUGAAAACCUAAAGUUCAUCGGCAUGGGAAAGGAGGAGGAGAAGAAACCCCAACACAGCACGUCCCUGAAUAACCAGAGCCAGACAGGGAAGGCACCCGAAGGAGAGAAAAGCACCGGCUCGAGCAAGAUGCAGGAGUCUGCGACGAAGAAGAAGAAGAAAGAGAAGAAAACCAAGGGGGAUCCCAAAACUGGCCAGGAGGAGGAAUCCCACACUUGUUGUUGCUGCCGUUUCCCGCUGCUGUUCGCUUUGUUGCAGCUGGCAUUAGGCACCUCUGUAACAGUGCUGGGCUUCCUUAUGGCAGGGAUCAGUUCUUCUCUGCUAGUCAGAGACACUCCAUAUUGGGCUGGGAUAAUUGUGUGUGUGGUGUCCUUAGUGGGAUUUGUUAUGCUUUGUACUUCCUACCAACCUGAUGAGAAGACAUGUGUACAGUUCACAGUAAAGCUGAUGUAUUUUCUCCUGAGUGCCCUGGGUCUGGUUGCCUGUGUUUUGGCAGUGGCUUUUGCUGCACACCAUUAUUUGCAGAUGACAAAAUUCACCUGCGAUACCAUCCUCUCAUCCUGCCAGUGCAAACUGGACACUGCAGACCCCCUCGGCAGGACCUUUGUCUACCAGGACGCAGCUGACUGUGGCAGCCUCACCAGCAUGCUCAACCUCUACUUACUUCUGCAGAUGGUCCUCAAUCUGAUUGCAGCCUUGGUGUGUCUGUCGGCAUGCUUCGUGAUGUGGAAACACAGAUACCAGGUCUUUUACGUGGGCGCUCGGUUCUACCCUUUAACUGCUGCUGAAGGUCAGCAACAGAAAGUGUAGGGUCUGAUCUGGAGUGGGGUUGUAGCCAGGGAACAGAAAACGUAAGCAUAAUGCCACCAUAGACACCACGGGUCUAUGGGAUGAGUGUUUAUAAGGUCUUUGACAAGGAAAAACGUUCACACAGUUUUAAUUAGUAUCUUUUUCAAUCAUUUGAAGAACAUUUCAUAUGGCUGCUCUUGCAAAACAUCCCUUGUGAGACUAUCUAGAGGUCACAAAGUCCUGAAGAUGCAGCUGUACAAAUACUCACCAAAGAGGUUCUUUAACAGCCAUAGCCAAAAUGAGAGCUUAAAAAAAUCAUUGGGAAGGCAUUUGCAGGGCUACAGCCGUUAAGAAAUAGGGUCCAUUUCCCUCGCUGGUAGAUAUCUGUUCUUGUCUUCAGAGAAGCUAUGCCGAUUUCUACCAGAUAAGGAUCUGGUCCCGACUGCUUAAUUACAAUUACACUGAUUGUGCUGAUGUGCUUGUCUCUCGGAUGCUCUGGGUGUAAUCCAUGCUAACAUGAUGGGGAUUUACCAUACGGAAAACUAAUAAGGGAGGUCAAGACCUCUUCAAACGCAGGCUGACACACACAGCAAAGUGAAUAUAUUGAUGACUACCAUAUAAAAUAUAAAUAAGACUUUUCAGAGUGACUAAUGAUAUAGGUUACCCAAUCCAAUUACUAAUAAACAACAAUAUGAGCGGGUUGACUAAUGACAAUUUGGUGGGCCCUGCUUGAGACCCCAGACAGAUUUCUGAAGUGUUAGUGCUCAGCACUGUAUGAGGAAAGAUCAAUUUGAGAAACCUUGAGUUGUGCUCCUAAAGCAGAGGACUCUAAAUCACUAGUCACAUUGAAAACUAUGUUGACAUUGCUGUAAUUACAGGCUCCCAAACCCGGCGUCUAGCCAGUUCCACCAAUUAUACUCCAAGCACAAAAGGCCAAAUGCAUUUUUGGUGUAACUCCUCUGAAGACAAUCAGCCUCACACACCAGCAGUGGAGUUGGGCCAACAGCCCUAAAAGAUAUAUCCCUGCAACAAUGAAUGUUUUUAAAAUGGGGUGGAGGGAGGGAAGCAAGAAGAGACUGCCAGUCUCCCAAAGACAUCGUUUAUAAUAAUGAGGGCAAGAGAGUAACGAUUACUUAAUAAGCAGCAUACAAUAACAAAACACAUUCAAACAGAGCUUUUUCACCCGAAAGCGUGACUCGAGAAGUGCCUGAUGUCUUAUUAGCCUUAUACCGAGACACGUACGUCAGUUUGUCCCUUGAACUGCCAUUUCCACUUGCACAGCAUGGACUUAUCACCGUAGGAGCAAUUUUGAGUGGGCAGCAUUUGGCACUGCCUGCCGAUAGCCGUGCGAGGGCACGGCAGCUGGUGCUCACACCCUGCCAUGACUAGGGAUUUCCCAAUCCCCAACAGGGCUGGGGUGGUUCUGAGGUGGGGUGGAGCAAUCACAUGCCAGACAAACUGUGCCACAAUCAUUAGCAAGGAGGAAGCAAAUAAAAUUUCUAUAAGGCUCCAAAGAAGUGAAAACAUUCUCUUUCUGCAGCAAAAACCCCAGUCUGGCAAAAGCUAGUUGUCUAAGUAGCUCAAAUGCUACCCAAAAACUGUCUUCCAUGUGAUCGUAUGUGAUACCAGGGCUAGAGAAGCAUACCUUGUCACAACAUACUUAAGUCUCCUGUGGUCCACCUACAGCACUGCUCCACGUAUGUGCUUGAGUUUUGGUCAUAGGGAGUGCUUCUAGAGUAGACCAGCAUCGCCAAAGUGCUCUCUGCCCAGCUGCAAAGCCAGGAGCUUCAGAAAAUGAAGGUCUUUGACGCCAGCUUCCAAAUGGCCUUUAAAUUACACCUCAAAAUAACAGCCACUAGUAAGCGUGGCUGUGAGGCACAUUUGCAAGGGUGCCCAUCCCCUUGUUCAGGUGUCUCCCCACAUCCAACACCCUCAGCCCGCCCCCCAGCCAUGCUGAGGCAGCAGUGGAGGGUGAGGGGGGUUGGCAACGUGAGAACUGGCCGCUGGCACCAGGGGCCAUCCAUGCAGUAGCAGGAACAGGCCCAUCUCCCCCAGCUUUGGUGGAGCCUGCUGCAAAGCCACGCUCCAGGAUGGGUGCCAGGGCCAGCCUCCAGUAGGAGAUGGAUGUGCGGAGGUGCCUCUCACCUGCUGCUUCUACCCAGACAUUGGUUUGCCCCCUUAUCCCUCACACAACUUCAGCUGUGCUCUCUGUGGAAGUGUAAGGGGGAGGAUAUACCUGUCUCCCACCCACACAACCCUCGCUGUGCCCCAAAUGUGGCCUCUCCUCUCCACCAAGUAGGUAACAAGAAGGGGUAGAGGGACCAGGGGAGGCCACACAACAGCUGAGCUUUGGGGCUUCCUCCUGCCCUCCCCACCAGGUGCUGCGCCCUGACCACUGGCAAAGCAAGAGAAAGGCCCUGUCCCAGGUUUCCCAUUGCUCAGAAGAUGUGUUGGCCUCUGCCUACUCAUCCCCACACUUAAAUUUGCUGGGACUCCUCUAGAGCACAAAAGACACAGAGGUGAUGAUCACAGGAUUGCUGCAAACACCUUCGGUGCGGUGACAGGGAAAAGGAAGGAAAUGUGGAUACGAGAACCUGCACUGUUCAGCAAGGUGUGCACCUCCAUAAAUUCUUUGCUGUGAGGGUGGUGAGACCCUGGAACAGGUUGCCCAAGAGAAGCUGUGGCUGCCCCAUCCCUGGAGGGGUUCAAGGCCAGGCUGGAUGGGGCUUGGAGCAACCUGGUCUGGUGGGAGGUGUCCCUGCCCAGGGCAGGGGGGGUGGAACUCCAUGAUCUUUGAGGUCCCUUCCAACUCUGACCAUUCAAUGAGUCUAUAACAGCACGGCUUCCGCUUCGAGCCACUGCUGCCGAGUUUGGUUCGUUAAUCAGCAUUGCAGUUAAUCCUUUGCUUUGGAAUAAAGAAAUAUUCAUCAUAUAUUCUGUUGGUGUUUUAAUGCUUAAUGAAUAAAUAUGAGGUAUUUUGAUCUA